UAUGCGCAUACAGUGGGUUUUGAGAUGUAAGGGGAGAGGAGAGGAAUUAAAACGGGAUAAUAUGGAUAGGAAUGCGCGGCAGUGAAUCAUAGAAAUAGAAAUAGAAAUAGAAAUUGGAAUUGAAGCCAUGAGCGUCAACAUGGUGGCAGUGGCGUCCAUGGCCACUCCAUCCAUCACCAUCAGCUUCACUAAUUCCAAAUCACUUACUCUUUCCUCUUCUUCUUCUCAACUUCCCAGCUGCUGGCCUUCUUCUAAUUCAACUCUUCGUCGUCAUCCUUCUUCUUGUGCCCUCACUCUUCGCUGUGGCGCCGCCGUCUUUGCCUCUUCCUCUUCCCCUUUCACUUCCCCCAAUUCCAAUUCAAGUUCCGUGAUUGUGGCCGCGCUUGGAAUCGAUGCGCAGUCUGAGCGUGAUUACGAGCCUCUUCAGGUUAUGAUUUCGGGUGCUCCUGCUUCCGGAAAAGGCACUCAAUGCGAGCUUAUCAAACACAAGUACGGUUUAGUGCACGUUGCUGCUGGUGAUUUGCUUAGGGCUGAGAUCGCCACUGGCAGUGAUAAUGGAAAGCUUGCUAAACAGUAUAUGGAGAAAGGUCAACUUGUUCCCGAUCAUAUUGUUGUCAUGAUGGUGAAGGAUCGUCUCUUGAAGCCUGAUGCUAAGGACAAUGGUUGGCUUCUCGAUGGAUAUCCGCGGAGCUUGUCUCAGGCUACUGCCCUCAAAGGAUUCGGCUUCCAACCUGAUAUCUUCAUUCUUCUCGAGGUUUCUGAAGAUAUUCUUGUCGAGAGAGUAGUAGGGCGGAGAUUAGAUCCUGUUACUGGAAAGAUAUAUCACUUGAAGUAUUCUCCUCCAGAGACAGAAGAAAUUGCAGCACGGCUUACCCAGCGUUUUGAUGAUACUGAAGAAAAGGUAAAGUUGCGAUUGAACACGCACCAUCAAAAUGUGGAGGCAGUGCUUUCAAUGUAUAAAGAUAUCACCGUUAAGAUUAACGGAAAUGUCUCCAAGGAGGAAGUAUUUGCUCAAAUUGACAGUGCACUUACGAGUCUUUUGGAACAAAGGAAGGCUGCAUCAGGAUCUGUGGCCGCUUAGAUUAGCAUCUUUUGACAUUUUGAUCUAUCCUGACGUCCUGCUCUUGAAAGCAUUGUGAUUGGCUACAACCAUACAUGAAGACUUGUGAUCAUAAAUUGCACGGUAUGCUUUGGAAGUUUACUUUCUAAGAUAGUGGUUGAAGAUUUUUUUUUUUUUAAAUUUUGAAUGCAAUGAGCCAAUGAGGAGCAUGUAAAUGGAGGAUUUGGUAGAUUAUGUUUGUUUCCGGUUGUUGUUUGGUUGGUAUGUUGUGUCCUUUAUCAUUUUCUAUAGAUUAAUUGAUGAUUGAAUGUAUUUGUUCGACCAAAAGAAAUAAAAAGAAAUCAUUUGUUCGA